GUUUUCAAGCGAGACGGACGUGUUUUUGCGCGCCUUGUUUUGUCGGUUUUGCUUAAUGUUAACAACAAUAUUUGAAACGGGCUAACGAGCAGAGAGAGUGUGUGUGUUUUAUAUUGUGCAAAGCGAAUAAAGUAAUCAAACUAAAUUCGCGUGCGCUGGGCUAACAAAAUUAUUAUAAUCAAAGUGAUUUUAAACGCAAGUACGAGUUUGCUGGGUUAACUGUCGUCGACGCGUUGUUGGCCCCGUUAAUGUAUAUUGUAUUACUUGCAUAUGUAAAAUCAUAUUCUGUGAAUUGGUAGCGCUGUGCUAAAUUGUUUUUUCUUAUAAACGCGAACGCGUUGCGCAAAAGCAGCUUUUUCUGCUGAAACAAAAAAUUAACAAAAAAAAAAAUUGCAAUAUAAUCAAAGCGCGCACUCGGAUUUCGGCGCGAAGCUCGGCUUACGGGAUGGAGCUGGAACGUUAAUACUUGGUUACGCUUCAUUAGCUUAGACACAUCCUAACAUUACAUGUUGAACUUUGAAAUCAAAGGCAAAAAACAAAAAAAAAAAAGAGCAUAAUAAACAAAUAACAAGACUGCACGCAGAUUGUGCAAAUAACAAACAUCAGCACAAACGAUAUUUGUUUUUUAUUUAUGCACUAAAUAAAUAAGCAAACGCAACUUGGAUACGUGCUUUCAAUACUUUAGCCCCAGUUUUGGGAUUUACAGCAGCAACAACAAAAGCAGCAACAAGAUGAGGCUUUGCAUCAGCUCAGACUUGAUGUUGUGGAUCUGCUUGACAGUGGGCAUAGUUAUAAACUAUAGUGGCCAGCUGGUGUUGGCUACGGCAACGGCGAAUGCCGGCUACGUGGAUAAUGGCGAUACGAAAGUUUGCAUCGGCACCAAGAGUCGCCUGUCCGUGCCCUCGAAUAAGACGCAUCAUUAUCGAAAUCUGCGCGAUCGUUAUACCAACUGCACCUAUGUGGAUGGCAAUCUGGAGCUGACCUGGCUGCACGAUCCCAACUUGGAUUUGAGCUUCUUGGCCAACAUACGCGAGAUCACCGGCUAUAUACUGAUCAGUCAUGUGGAUGUAACCAAAGUGGUGUUUCCCAAACUGCAGAUCAUACGCGGCCGCACUUUGUUUAGCCUGAACGAGAACGAUGGAAAGUACGCGCUGUUCGCUGCCUACUCCAAGAUGCACACGCUGGAGAUGCCGGAGCUGCGCGAAAUACUCGCCGGCUGGGUGGGCUUCAUCAACAACUAUAAUUUGUGUCAUACGCGCACCAUUGUGUGGCGCGAGAUACUCUCCGAUCCGAACAACAGCUACAACUACACCUACAACUUUACGGCCAGCGAGCGCACGUGCCCCAAUUGCGACGACAGCUGCCAGCAGGACGCCUGCUGGGGCGAGGGGCCGCAGAACUGUCAGAAGUUCAGCAAAAUCACAUGCGCGCCGCAGUGUUCGCAGGGCCGCUGCUUUGGGCCAGGGCCACGCGACUGUUGCCACUUGUUUUGCGCUGGCGGCUGCACUGGACCCACGCAGAAGGAUUGCAUUGCAUGCAAGAAUUUCUUUGACGACGGCGUCUGCAAGGAGGAGUGUCCGCCCAUGCGCAAAUACAAUCCCAGCAAGUACGCGCUCGAGGCGAAUCCGGAGGGCAAGUACGCCUAUGGCGCCACCUGCGUGCGCGAGUGCCCGGGACAUUUGCUCAAGGAUAAUGGCGCCUGUGUGCGCAGCUGUCCCUCGGACAAGAUGGCCAAGGAUGGCGAGUGCGUUGCCUGCAACGGGCCCUGCCCCAAGACCUGUCCGGGCGUCAAUGUGCUGCACUCCGGCAACAUUGAUUCGUUCAAGAACUGCACCGUCAUCGAGGGCAACAUACGCGUGCUGGAUCAGACCUUCUCGGGCUUCCAGGACAUCUCGGACAGCUACAGACUGGGCGCGCGCUAUCUGCCCAUGCAUCCGGAUCGCCUCAAUGUCUUCUCCACAGUCAAAGAGAUCACCGGCUAUCUGAACAUCGAGGGCGUGCACGAGCAUUUCACAAAUCUCUCGUACUUUCGCAACUUGGAGGUGAUCCAUGGACGUUCGCUCAUCGAAAGCUACUUUGCCGCCCUCUCCAUUGUUAAGUCGUCUGUCUCCAGUCUGGAGCUGCACAGUCUCAAGCGCAUCAACUCGGGCAACAUUGUGAUUCAGCACAACAAGAAUUUGUGCUUCGUGACCAACAUACUCUGGUCCAAUGUGCAGCACUCCAACGAGCAGAAGCAGUUCAUCAAUGAGAAUCUCAACGCAUCCGAGUGUCAAAAAUUGGGCUUGGUCUGCUCCGAUCAGUGCAACAGCGACGGCUGCUGGGGCUCCGGACCGGAUCAGUGUCUCAACUGCAAGAGCUUCAACUACAGUGGCACCUGCUAUGCCGAUUGUCGCAAUGUCAGCAACACUUAUCAGUUUGAUGCCACCACCUGCAAGAAGUGCCAUCCGGAGUGCCGCACCUGCUCGGGUCCGGGCGCGGAGCACUGCGACAAGUGCGUGCAUGUGCGCGAUGAGCAGCACUGCGUGGCGAGCUGUCCGGACGGCAAGUACGCGGAGUUUGGUGUUUGCCGCAAAUGCCACGAGACCUGCGACGGCUGCACUGGACCCAAGAACACACUUGGCCCGGGUGCAUGCAAUACCUGCGACUUGGCGAUCAUCAAUGCGGAGGCGACUGUGGUCCGUUGUCUGCAUAAGAACGACACAUGCCCCGAUGGCUACUACCACGAUCGCGUGCAUGACCAGCAGGGCUACCUGAAGCCGCUGAUGAACAAGGCCGUGUGCCGCAAGUGCCAUCCGCGCUGCGAGUUGUGCACCAACUAUGGCUUCCAUGAGCAAAUGUGCUCCAAGUGCGUGGGCUACAAGAAGGCGGAGCAGUGCGAGGACGAGUGCCCAGGCGAUCACUAUGCGGACGAGGAGAAGCGCGAGUGCUUCAAGUGUCAUGCCGAGUGCAAAGGCUGCACUGGUCCGGGCGCCGACGAUUGCCUCGCCUGCGUCAACUUCAAGUUGUUCAAUGAGAGCGAAGUCUACGACAACUCGACGCUGUUCAACUGCACCUCGAAGUGUCCGCGCGAGCAGCCGCACAUCAACUACCAGUCCAUGCACAUUGGUCCCCACUGCGUGUCCACGCCGCCGCGCAACUCCAAGCUGAGCGCCAAUGUCAACAUCAAUAUGAUUAUCAUUAUAGUCGUCGCCGUGUUCAUUCCCGUCAUCUGCAUACUCUCGGCUAUAAUCUAUAUAUGCCGGCAGAAGCAGCAGGAGAAGAAGGAGACGGACGACUUGGCCAAGGUGUUCUUUGGCUGCGAGGACUCGGAGCCGCUGCGUCCCUCCAACAUGGGCGCCAAUCUCAGCAAGCUGCGCAUUGUCAAGGACGCGGAGCUGCGCAAGGGCGGCGUGCUGGGCAUGGGCGCCUUUGGGCGUGUCUACAAGGGCGUGUGGGUGCCCGAGGGCGAGAACGUCAAAAUACCCGUGGCCAUUAAGGAGCUGCUCAAGACCUCGGGCGCCGAGUCGAGUCAGGAGUUCUUGAACGAAGCCUAUGCCAUGGCCACAGUGGAGCACGGCAAUCUGCUGAAGCUGCUCGCCGUUUGCAUGAGCUCCCAAAUGAUGCUGAUCACACAGCUGAUGCCGCUGGGCUGUCUGCUCGACUAUGUGCGCAAUAAUCGCGACAAGAUUGGCUCCAAGGCGCUGCUCAACUGGUCCACGCAAAUAGCCAAGGGCAUGUCCUACCUCGAGGAGCGUCGCCUAGUGCAUCGCGAUUUGGCAGCGCGCAAUGUUUUAGUGCAAACGCCAUCGCUGGUCAAGAUCACGGACUUUGGGCUGGCCAAGCUGCUGAGCUUGGACUCCAAUGAGUACAAGGCGGCGGGCGGCAAGAUGCCCAUCAAGUGGCUCGCGCUGGAGUGCAUACGUCAUCGCAUCUUCUCCAGCAAAUCAGAUGUUUGGGCCUUUGGCGUUACCAUUUGGGAGCUGCUGACGUUUGGCCAGCGGCCGCAUGAAAACAUUUUGGCCAAGGACAUACCCGACCUCAUUGAAAUGGGCCUGAAGCUGGAGCAGCCUGAGAUUUGCUCACUGGACAUUUACUGCACUUUGCUGAGCUGCUGGCAACUGGAUGCGGAUCUGCGGCCGCCGUUCAAGCAGCUGACCACAGUGUUUGCCGAAUUUGCACGCGAUCCGGGCCGCUAUUUGGCCAUACCCGGCGACAAGUUCACACGCCUGCCCGCCUACACCAGCCAGGAUGAGAAGGAUCUCAUACGCAAGCUGGCGCCCACCACAGACGGCGCCGAGCCCAUGGUCGAAACGGACGACUAUCUGCAGCCCAAGUCAGCGCCAGGUCCCAGUCAUCGCAGCGAUGCGACCGCCGAGCUGCCCAAGCUGAAUCGCUACUGCAAGGACCCGAGCAACAAGCACGCGAGCAAUGCCCAAUGCGGCGACGAUGAGACCGACUCGAAUGCGCGUGAAGUGGGCGUGGGCAAUCUGCGCUUGGAUCUGCCCGUCGACGAGGAUGACUAUCUGAUGCCCACUGGCCAGGGCAACGCAACUGGCAGCAGCAGCAGCAACAACAAUAACAACAACAGCAACAACAACAAUCUGACCAAUGCAGCCACAGGCUACAUCGAUGUCAUUGGUGUGCCUGUUAGCGUGGACAAUCCCGAGUAUCUGCUGAAUGCGCUGAGUGGCGCAGAUGCGCCAAUACCCACGCAAACCAUUGGCAUACCCGUGGCGGGUGUGCCCUCCACGCUGGAGGUCAAAGUGCCCGGCAGCGAGUCAACCAGCUCCGAUCACGAGUACUACAACGAUACGCAGCGUGAGCUGCAGCCGCUGCAGCUGCUGCGCAGUCGCAACACCGAGACGCGCGUCUAGCCCGCAGCACUGCCAGAGCAUCCAAACUUCUUGCCACGUAGUUACCCAAGUGCCAGUUGCCAGCUGCCCCCAAAACGUUGCCGGUUGCCUUUUGAAUGCUGUUAGCACAUAAGUCUUUCAAUCAAAUCAAAUUGUAUAGCAUACUAUCGAUAUUACUAACUAGCGUACUUAGCCAGCAUACACUGUAGUAGUCUCUACACUUAGCUUAAGUCUCUCCACUUGCGUUUCAUUUAACGAGAACAAAACACCGAUAGUGCAUUUCUCAUGCGGCGCUCAAUGCUUGCCACAAGCGCCUCACACACACACACACACAUACAUUAUAUUAUAAGCUAUGUUUAUUUCUAGUUCGAGUUAUGGAACUGUCAGCAGCUAUAACCAUACUAUACGUUUACUUAUAGAGUUUAUAGGCUUUUAGCAACUAGUUUUCCAACUGUGAUAUAAUUUCUAGGCAAUGCAGACUAACUGUUUAACAUAACUUCAGCCCACUUACAUACACCUAUAUAUACAGGCUAUAAUAUCUGAUUGUACAUUUUGCCAAUUGCCACAAAUUUAUCACUUUUCAGUUGUUUGUUUUUUUUUUUUUAAUCCCGCGCGUGCCAUGCAUGGUCCAUGCAAUUCUCCUAAAGAUUUCGAAUACAUUUACAUAUUUUUUUUGGGCACCAUUUAAGCUUGAAACUGACAAACUUACUCUUAAGCUAUAAUUAUACAUAUUUCGAUCAAAGAUAUACUAUGUACAUACUAAUUGUAAAUCAUAUAAUCAACAAAAUCAAAUACUUAUAGCAAACUAAUUUGCCAAGCACACAUAUACAUGCAUACACACACAUAUGCAUAUGUAUAUGUGUGUGUCUACGAGCUUAAGUACAGUUUACUUAUACUAUUGUGUAAUGAAAUUUAUUUAAUUUAAAUCAAAUUAGUUUAUGAGUACCUACGCAAAGAUAU